AUGUGCUUCUGGUGUCCCGACAGCCAUCGCAACAACACAUACUCGGGCACAAUGGGUCAAAAGCUCAACUGCAAUCCAUUGAAGCUUGCUUCUUUGGUGGCGUACUUCCAGAAGUCUCGCGUGGCACAUAGUAUCAAGGACCUCGAGAAGGCUCUCCCAUCAGUCGCUUCGAUCAAUGGCGUGCAGGUCAAAGAGUACUUGCAGUCCCUUCAAGACGAAAACAAGAUCAACGUCGAAAAGAUUGGCUCCGGCAACUGGUACUGGUCGUUUACUUCCCAAGAUCAGAAAGUCCGCCAGAAGGCUCUCGACGAAGCUCAAGCUGCCUAUGAGAAAGCCAAGACUGUUAACUCUGAGCUCAACAGCAAGCUAGCCGAGGCAGCUGAGCAACGUGCUAGCGAGGAAGACAUGCUCGACGAUGCGGGCGAGAGUCGUGAAGAUGUCAUCGCUACCAAAGCUGUUCUGGAGAAGGAAGUGCAGGCGCUAAAGAAGCAGCUCACUGCGUACAGUGACAGUGAUCCAACGGAGCUGGAGCGUAAACGUGGAGAGCUUAUUGAGCACAAGGACAAGGCAAAUGUGCUGUGUGACGAAGUCUACAGCAUGGAAGGCUGGUUCACGAACGCUGGGCUUGACAGAGAGGCGCUUGCGGUACUAAGGAUGAAGAUAUAUGGGGACCAAUUUGAUGCUGAGGAGGGUGUGCUCAAGGAGUAUGAUUGA